GACCAGGAGCUGACGCGACCGCCCCGCCCACAGAUUUAACCACCGGUCGCCACUGCCUCUGCAGACAGCCUUAAGUGCAGGAGGCUCGGACCCGUGGCUGAUGCCGGGUGCCCCGCCUCCCGCCUCCCGCCUCCUCGCAAUGGCGGCGCCCCGCGAUCUGGCGGCGGCCGCGCCCGCGCCCGGAAAGGCCAAGCUGACGCACCCGGGGAAAGCCAUCCUAGCAGGCGGCUUGGCAGGAGGCAUCGAAAUUUGCAUCACCUUCCCCACUGAGUACGUGAAGACGCAGCUGCAGCUGGACGAGCGCUCACACCCGCCGCGCUACCGAGGCAUUGGGGACUGCGUGCGUCAGACAGUCCGCAACCAUGGCGUCCUGGGCCUUUACCGAGGCCUCAGCUCCCUGCUCUAUGGCUCCAUCCCCAAGGCAGCGGUCAGGUUCGGAAUGUUUGAGUUCCUCAGCAACCACAUGCGGGACGCCCAGGGACGGCUGGACAGCACCCGCGGGCUGCUAUGUGGCCUGGGCGCUGGAGUGGCUGAGGCCGUGGUGGUCGUGUGCCCAAUGGAGACCAUCAAGGUGAAAUUCAUCCAUGACCAGACCUCCCCCAACCCCAAAUACAGAGGAUUCUUCCACGGGGUCAGGGAGAUUGUGCGGGAACAAGGGCUGAAGGGGACAUACCAGGGCCUCACAGCUACCGUGCUAAAGCAGGGAUCCAACCAGGCCAUCCGCUUCUUCGUCAUGACCUCCCUGCGCAACUGGUAUCGAGGGGACAACCCCAACAAGCCCAUGAACCCGCUGAUCACCGGGGCGUUUGGAGUUAUUGCGGGUGCAGCCAGUGUCUUCGGGAACACUCCUCUGGACGUGAUCAAAACCCGGAUGCAGGGCCUAGAGGCAAGCAAAUACCGGAGCACGUGGGACUGCGGUUUGCAGAUUCUGAAGAACGAGGGGCUCAAGGCGUUUUACAAGGGCACUGUCCCCCGCCUGGGCCGGGUCUGCCUGGACGUGGCCAUUGUGUUCAUCAUCUACGAUGAGGUGGUGAAGCUGCUCAAUAAAGUGUGGAAGACGGACUGACCCCGAAGGGUCUGCAUCGGGGCUGCCCUCGGGCAGCUCCACACCAGCCCCCUGCGCCCUCUUCUCAUGAUUCCAGUGCAGUCGUGCCAAAAGGCCUCCUUCCCUGUCCCCUGUACUCCAUGGCCUGGGCCUGUUCCCUGUGGCCAUUGAGUGCAUGUGUCCCAUAGUACUGUGUGUGCUGUGUGAUCCAUAUAAUACCACCAUUGUGUCCAUGUGUUCAGUGGAGGCUGGGUGUCUCUCUGGCCUGUGACUCUGUGCCCACUUGUCCAUGUGCUUACUCACGAGCCAUGUGCCUGUGGUUCAUGUUCUGUGUUAUGUGACCCUGCGUCCCACUUCCCAGGGUGCCUCUGUAGUCUGGGUCCACAGCCCUGUAGCCAUGGCUCAGUCCUGGCCUGAUGCCUUUCACCAUGGGCAGCAGAGGCACCUGCCCCCGGCCUACCACAGCUGCCUCCAGGCCUCAGCCUGGCCUCACUGCAUUCCAGGGGCUGUAUGGCCCCCCGCUUCUCCCGACACUGGCCUUAACUGGCCCUUGGGCCCUCCCUCCGCCUGGGACAGGGUGGCACCCUCCACUCUCAGGACCACCCUCCCAAGGCAGAAUAAACUGGAUCCUGUCACACCCU